GAAGUGGAACCUGGGUCUACGUUGGACGAUUUCCAGUGAAAUCCACAGAGGCGCACAUUAUUCGUCAACAGUUUUUCAAAGAGCCUUUUUUGUUCUCAUGACAAAUGCCAGAAAAUACGAGGUCUGUAAGCACAGCCCAGCUCGGGUCCUGCUGCUCCGAAACCCCUCCCAAGGAUCACAUGUAAGAAAAGGGGGUAAGUUGGAGGAUCUACUAUGUGCCAUCGCAUCAUGAUAGGGAUUAUUCCCAUUAAUCAGGACGAGUGGAGCAAACUGUGUAUGAACAUUGGCACUUGCUGCAGAUAAUCUGGUUGAGCACUCGUGCACGAUGGCCGACUGGGAAUAUGACUAUCUGAUCAAGCUGCUGGCACUCGGCGACUCUGGGGUGGGGAAGACCACCUUCCUCCACAGGUACACCGACAACAAGUUCAACCGCAAGUUCACCACCACAGUGGGUAUUGACUUCAGGGAAAAGAGAGUGAUGUACACAGGGACGGGCGCUGAUGGGCUGACCGAGAGGAACUUCAAAGUCCACCUUCAGCUCUGGGACACAGCAGGACAAGAGAGGUUCCGCAGCCUCACCACAGCUUUCUUCCGAGAUGCCAUGGGCUUCCUGCUGAUGUUUGACUUGACCAAUCAGCAAAGUUUCCUCAACGUUCGGAACUGGAUGAGUCAGCUGCAGGCCAACGCGUACUGCGACAGUCCGGAUAUUGUGUUGGUGGGCACCAAGGCAGAUCUCCCAGACUUGAGGGAUGUUCAUGGCAGACAGGCCAGAGAUCUGGCAGACAGAUAUGGCAUCCCUUACUUUGAGACAAGCGCAAUGACAGGUGUUGACGUGGACCAGGCGGUGACCACCCUGCUGGACCUGGUGAUGAAGAGGAUGGAGCAGAGCACGUACAGAGGCCCGAGCUCUGAACCCAACGGCAGCGCCACCGCCGGCCUCAACGUGGAGGAGGCUCCUGUCAGGAGAACGUGUGCCUGCUGAUCUCAACCACCACCACCAGCGGCCUCUGUUUUCACUGCUGCCCCCCGAGUGACACUGCAGUUUCAGAUGCUACUGUUUUAUGGAGCGUGACUAAGGUGUCUGCUAUAGGUGAGGCAGAAGAUGGGUUUUUAAAUUCCGCUAAAAUAUGAUCCAUUCUAUGAAAAAUAGUCAAGUUCACUUAAAGGAAUAUUGUCAUUACAGUGUGAAUCCUUUCUUUUUAUUUGCUGUCUGUAAUAUUACGUAUUCACAGCAUUAGUAAGUAAAAAGAGCAAGGAGGGGAGUACAAAACUGUUUUAUUGUAACUGAAUAUAAAACUGGGAUCUUUUAGCAGGGUAUCUUUCAGUUUCCACUAAAAAAGAAAAAGGUGUUAGAAGGUUAUAAGAAGUCUUCAAAAUUCUGUCACAAAGGUCUUGAAUAUUUUCUACCACCUACCAUAUAUUAUUGGCAGGUAUUGUCAUUUAUAAAAUGUGAAUGAUUUUAUGAUUUGUAAUUGGUUAACUCAUCUGUGUUAUGCUGUCUAUCCAGGUUGCAUUAAUGAAUUGUGAAUAUCAUUGUAAUUAUUAUUAUAAUCUGCCGGGGAAUCACAGUGUGAUAUUAGGAUGAAUAAUUUCAGGCCAUCUUUUCUCUACUGGUUUGACUGUGUGGUGUUAAAAAGGAAUUAAAAAGUCACGUUUAACUCUGUGAACCCUGCAGAAACCCUGUUAUUAGACACCUUGUGGACGUGAAAAAAAAAUCAUCUUCAAAUGAGUCAUAUCAGAGAAAAAUACUUUUUUUAUUUGACACAUUGAGGCAUUGAUGGGAGGAGUAUGCAGGCACAUAAUGUAUAUUUACCAUGGAGUACAUGUAUAAUCGAGAAACAUUCAAGACAUGGUUACAUUUCUUAUAUGAAUGAUUGUUUUUGUUUGAACAACCAAGAUAUAGCACAGUCCCUUACAUGAUUUCUGACUUUUAUACGACAUGUACCUACGCAGCCAAGCUUUUUUAUGCAUUAUGGAACAAAGUUGCCAUGCAGAUCGAAACACAACUACGAGAAUGUUAGAGGGUGGUUGAAAAUGAGUCCUGUAUAGUGCUGCAUUUGGAAUAAAGACAAUUUAUGUUA